GUCCAUUCACUAAGAGGGAAGUUUUUGUCUUUGACUCUACAGGGACGCACAUAGCGACUGGUCUUGGUCUCUUGGGUUAGCUGUUCAUCAUGGAAGGAGAACAUAAGUACACGCUGUCGAACUAUAUGUCGCUCGAUCAAGGCGAGAACGUUCAAGCCAUGUACAUUUGGGUGGACGGAACUGGCGAACAUCUUCGCUGCAAGACGAAAACAGUGAACCAAGAGCCGGCCAGACCAGAAGAUCUACCCAUAUGGAACUUUGAUGGCUCCAGUACAUAUCAGGCCGAAGGCUGUAAUAGCGACGUUUAUCUGCAUCCUGUGGCUUUGUUUAGAGAUCCAUUCAGAAAAGGAAAAAACAAACUGGUUUUGUGCGAGACCUACCAGUACAACCAUAAGCCGACAAAAACCAACACAAGAAAAAGCUGUCUUGAUGUCAUGGAAAGCAACGUUGUAAAGAAUGCUCACCCCUGGUUUGGCAUUGAACAAGAGUACACAUUGCUAGACAAGGAUGGACACCCCUUAGGGUGGCCCAAGGGAGGUUUCCCAGGACCACAAGGCCCCUACUACUGUGCUGUUGGUACUGGAAAUGUUUUUGGGCGAGAUGUUGUAGAAGCUCACUACCGAGCCUGUCUGUAUGCUGGAGUUAAGAUUGCUGGAACUAAUGCUGAAGUCAUGCCUGCACAGUGGGAGUAUCAGGUUGGACCUUGUGAAGGAAUUGAAAUGGGUGAUCACCUGUGGAUGUCACGGUUUCUGUUACAUCGUGUGGCAGAAGACUUUGGAAUUAAAGUCACUUUUGAUCCCAAACCUGUGCCAGGAGAUUGGAAUGGAGCAGGAGCCCACACAAACUACAGUACCAAGCCAAUGAGAGAGGAAGGAGGAAUGAAGUACAUCUAUGAAGCCAUCGAAAGGUUGUCAAACAGACAUGACUUCCACAUAAGGAUGUACGACCCCAAUGAGGGUGAAGAUAACAAGCGACGUUUGACUGGGCACCACGAGACAUCAUCCAUUGAAAACUUCUCCCAUGGAGUGGCCAAUCGAGGUGCUAGUGUGCGCAUUCCACGUCAAUGCGCUGAAGAUGGCAAGGGCUAUCUUGAAGACAGAAGACCUUCAUCAAACUGUGAUCCAUAUCGUGUCACUGAAGCUAUUGUAAGGACAACAAUACCACAGCCUGUAUGAAGAAUACGGACAUUAAAUGAAUUUGACAUUGAUGUCAAAUGGAAACUUUGGUGACUUUGAAGUAAUGAAUGCUACUUUUGUUGCAAGCAGAAAGCUUUUGAUUAAAUAUAUUUAGUAGGUCAAUUUUGUUGGUUGGGCUUAUUUAUUGGUGUUGAAAGCUAAAUUGUGGCUAAUUGAUACUAAAGGCUUGUACAAUUACAGAAUGAAUGCUGGGUACAAGGUUCACAUAGUUAUGAAUGUACAAUAAACAAUGAUUGAUUCAAGGUUUAAAUUACAGAUGUUGAUUGACUGCUGAUAGUCAAACAUCUUAAUUAACUAUUUUGACAGGUCAAAACAACCACAGUACAGCCCUAUAAAUAGUACUGCUGGGCUCAUUCCACUGCCCUUUAUCAGUUGUUAAAAAUGAUUACUGAAUGAGAUGAAAGUUUUAGUCUACCAUAUAGCAACCAGUAAAUUAAAACUGUUUAACAAUAAUAAUUUAUGCCCACAACUGCUGCCAUGUUCAAGUCACCUGAAGCAAAUAGGCAUGUAUAACAGAGGCAUUAAUUUCAAAUGAAUGUACAUUAACCAUAACAUAACUGUAGAACUGCCCAGAGCAUUUCCAAAAUCUCUAUUUUCAUAAAAAAAUAUUCAUAUCAGUAGAGCUAACAGCUGGAUGAUUUCCAUUAUUUAGUUGAACAUUUGAAAUUUGUACCAAAUCAUCCACUGUAUAUUAAGUGAAACACUUCAACCCUUUUGACUGCAUAUCGAGAUACAAUUAUAACAUAACAAGUACACAAGCCAUUGUUGAAGGCAACUAUUUUUAUUUUGUUCCCAAAAGCCAAGGACUAAAUGUUGCAAGGAUCUCAGAAGGAUCUUGCCACUUUGUAAUAGGCUUUCUAAUUUCUUACAAGUAUUUCAAGAACUACUUGUCAGUAUGAACCAAAAAAAUAUAACAUUUUUUGGUUCUUAUAUUAUAUAUUUCAUGCCUAAAUGAAGUUAGUCCAGAGUCAGCUACAGUACACUAGAGUUUUAAUUUACAAACAUUUUGUCUUAAUUUAAUUAACAAAUAAAGAAGCCUAAGCUGUAUUUUACAGUGAUAAAACACGACAGGCAUUUGAGAACAGAGGGAAAUGUAGAACACAUGGGCUGCAGGCGAGUGUUUUCUUCAUUUCUCAAGUGUUCUCAAAUGUUCAGAGUGCUUUACCACAGUAUAAUACAUGGCUUAGGCUUCUUUAUUUACUUUAUGACAUAGAUUUUCCAUGUGCACUAACAAUAAAACACCCUUUUCUCUGUUUGAUACUCUGAUAAAACAUGGGUUUUUGACCAAUCAGAGGGCACGCAGAGUCCUAUCUAUAUUAUAAAUAAUAAUAAAUUUUGUUACCGAGCAAGAAUGAUUGUAUUUAGUCAGUUUUUUAUUGCAAAAGCUACUGUAUUUUAUCUAUGGCGAUAACUAAAGUGUAUGAUAUGAAAA